AUGGACUUGGCCACGUUCGGUCUCGCUGACCUGCACAACGCGCUUCACUACCGUACCUGUGUUACCCAGGGCUGCGACCCCAAUACCGCACAGUACAUCAACAUGAAGAGUCUCAAACGUCUCUGCCGCAGUUGCUUCCAGUAUCACGCUAGGCAUAUUGAGUUCACAAUCGAACUUGCAUUGGGCUAUGUAGAGCUGAUCGACAUUGAUUAUUUAUUGGGUGGACAGACUGGCUAUAUAGAGGAGAUCGACAUGGAUAAGUUAUUGGGUGGAUUGACUUACCGUGCGGAAGAGAAGGAAGAGAGCGAAGAUGCCAAGGAGGAAGAUAAUGGGCCAUUCAAGGUAGCCGUUACUGAGCGCAUGGCCUUCGUUUAUAUGGGCACGUUGUAG